CUCAGGUGCAGCAAGGGCAAGCCCGCUGCUGGAGGCCCCCAGCAUGUGGCAAGGGACCCUGCCGGUGCUCCUGCUCCUGUCCCUGCUCGCUCCAGCUCCAGUAAGUGCUGUGAAAGAGCUCCCUCAGGCAAAGAAGUAUGAAGUUGUUUAUCCUGUAAGACUUCAUCCACUACACAAAAGAGAAGUCAAAGAACCAGAAAAACAGGAACAAUUUGAAACCGAAUUAAAGUAUAAAAUGACAGUGAAUGGAAAAAUUGCAGUGCUUUACUUAAAGAAAAGCAAGGAUCUUCUUGCUUCCAACUACAUGGAAACACACUACAAUUCCUCUGGAAAGGCGGUCACAACAAGUCCACAAAUCAUGGAUGAUUGUUACUACCAAGGACACAUCAUGAAUGAAAAGAUUUCUGAUGCCAGCAUCAGCACAUGUAGGGGCCUAAGGGGCUACUUCAGCCAAGGAGACCAAAGGUAUUACAUCGAGCCUUUGUAUGCCACACGUCAGGCUGACCAGGGGCACGCGCUCUUCAGGGAUGAGCCCAGUGACGACCAGGAUGGUGGCAGCUGUGGGAUGGAUGAUGUGCUGUGGCCAGGUGGACCUCACGAGCAUGUGGCCUCACAAGCCACCAGACUAGUUGAGUUAAAUAGCCAGAAGACUCAGGAUCACAGCAAAUACAUAGAAUAUUAUUUGGUCCUGGAUCAUGGCGAGUUUAAAAGGUACAAUGAAGAUCUGGAUGAAAUAAGAAGGAGGGUGUUUGAGAUGGCCAAUUACAUCAACAUGCUUUACAAAAAGCUCAAUACCCAUGUGGCCCUAGUUGGGAUGGAAGUCUGGACAGAUGGGGAUAAGAUAAAGAUAACCUCAAACGCAUCCUCUACUCUGGAAAACUUUUCUAAAUGGAGGGGGAGUGAUCUCCUCCGAAGACAGCACCAUGAUAUCGCUCAGUUAAUCUCCACAGCAGACUUUUCUGAAGCAAUGGCGGGCCUUGCCUUCCUGUCGUCGAUGUGCUCUCCUUAUCAUUCAGUUGGCAUCAUUCAGGACCACAGCAGCAAUCAUCUCAGAGUAGCAGGAACAAUGGCUCAUGAGAUGGGGCACAAUCUUGGGAUGAUUCAUGACGCCUUGGACUGCAAAUGUCCUUCCACAGUCUGCGUGAUGAAGAAAACAAUAAGCUUCUAUAUACCCACAGAUUUCAGUUCCUGUAGCCGUGCCAACUAUGAUAGAUUCCUUGAAGAUAAACUGUCAAAUUGCCUCCUUAAUGUCCCACUACCUAAAAAUAUCAUAUCUACCCCAGUUUGUGGGAACCAGUUGGUAGAAGUGGGAGAAGACUGUGAUUGUGGGACCCUAGAGGAAUGUACCAACGUUUGCUGUGAUGUCAAGACCUGUAAAGUCAAAGCGGGCUUUCAGUGUGCAUCAGGAGGAUGCUGCGAAAAAUGCCAAUUGAAAAAGGCUGGAAUGGUGUGCAGAUCAGCCAAACAUGAGUGUGACCUGCCGGAAAUGUGUGAUGGGAAAUCUAGUCGGUGCCCUGAUGACAGAUUCAGAGUCAACGGCUUCCCUUGUCAAAACGGGCUCGGCUACUGCUUGAUGGGACAAUGCCCCACCCUAGAAGAGCAGUGUAUGGACAUGUGGGGUCCAGGAACCAAGGUUGCAAAUAAGUCAUGUUACAACAGGAAUGAAGGUGGCUCCAAGUACGGAUACUGUCACAUGGUGAAUGGUACCCACAUGCCCUGCAAAGCAAAAGAUGUCAUGUGUGGGAAGUUGUUCUGUCAAGGCGGCUCAGGCGAUUUGCGCUGGAAAGGAUUUACAAUAUCCUUCCAGACAUGUAAACUAUUUGACCCUGAAGACAAAAGUCAAAGGGUAGACAUGGUGGCUGAUGGAACCAAGUGUGGACAUAACAAGGUGUGCAUGAACGCAGAGUGUGUGGAUAUGGAGAGGGUCUACAAGUCAGCCAACUGUUCCUCUAAGUGCAGAGGACACGCGGUGUGCGACCACGAGCUCCGGUGUCAGUGUAAAGAAGGGUGGGCCCCUCCGGACUGCGAGGACCCGUCCACCGUCUUCCACUUCUCCAUUGUGGUCGGAGUACUCUUCCCAGUGGCUGUCAUAUUCGUGGUGGUUGCUGUAGUGCUGUGUCACCAAGGUGCCAGAGGACAGGGGAGGAAAGCUCAGAGUGAUUUUGUGACAGUUGCUAAUGUGGCAUCCCUGUCCUCACCCCCAGAACUGGAGAGAGAACUGGAAGAAACCACUGGUAAGCUGUGGGAAUGGAGGUGGGCUCAGCUUUUGGACUUUGGUGUGUGGGCAGCUCCACAAGUCUAUGAGAGAGAAAAGGAGGAACAGAAGAUGCUCUCCCACUGCUCUGGCUUGAGCCCACAGUGCUCUGAGGAGCCCACUUUCUCUUCAGCGAGUGAGCCGAACCUUGGUGAACUCAAGAGUAAAAUCAGAGUAAUAGAGGAGCCCUUGCAGGGAGUGGCCGGGGGAGUGAACCUGGCAGGUCUCUGUAGAAGAUUGGUCACAUAA